GGGGGCGGAGUUUUUGAAAGGUUAGCGCGCGCGCAUAGGCUGCUUGUGGUUCUUGGAGUGUGAAGCUGCUGGAUUGUGGGCAAGAUGUGGAAUAAUCAUGGUGGUUUUGAUGGCGGCUACGGUGGCACUAUGGGCGGUGGAGGGUAUGUGCAAUCACCAGGAGGCUUUGGGUCCCCUGCACCUACACAAGGCGAAAAAAAAGCUAGGUCCAGGACACAACAGAUUGUUCCCUGUACAGUUUCCCAGCUGCUCUCUGCCACCCAAAGUGAUGAGCUCUUCAAGAUAGGAGAAGUAGAACUGUCUCAGGUUACCAUAGUUGGCAUAGUGAGACAUGCAGAAAAAGCACCAACCAACAUCUUGUAUAAAGUAGAUGACAUGACUGCAGCACCCAUGGAUAUCAGACAAUGGGUGGAUACUGAUGAAGCAAGCUGUGAAAAUGUAGUUGUGCCUCCUGGAAGUUAUGUGAAAGUGUCAGGACACCUUCGUUCCUUUCAGAAUAAGAAGAGUGUAGUUGCUUUUAAGAUUGCUCCUGUUGAAGAUAUGAAUGAGUUUGUGUCGCACAUAUUAGAAGUUGUUCAUUCUCAUAUGAGUCUCAACGCUCAGCCUGGAGGUAGUGGAUCUGCUGUGGCACUCAGUACACCUGGUCGUGUGGGCAUGGAUACAGGUGGCAGUUUCUCUGGAGGAAGUGAUAUGCAUACAAAUGGAUUGACGCCCCAUCAGAGCCAGAUUUUAAAUUUUAUAAGAAGCUGUAAAGGAAAUGAAGGAAUGGGCUUUGAAGAACUGAAGUCUAGGCUGCAUGGAAUAAAUGUGAAUACUAUCAAACAAGCUUUGGAAUUCCUCAGCAAUGAAGGUCAUAUUUAUUCCACUGUAGAUGAUGACCAUUAUAAGUCAACGGAUGGUGAUUGAUAAUUCACGUGGGAGCCAAGAAAGCACUAACAGUAACCUUGGAGACGUAUUGGCUGAUUACGUGAACAGACUACCACAGCUGGUUAUUGUUUGGCACUUGUAUAGCCAGCUAUGCAUAGUAUAUUGUCCACCACUCUUUUAGUACAUAAAGAUUCACAUAUAAUUACUACAGAACCCUGGGAGGGAAUUUUGUAAAAACAUGUAGCUUGUGUUGAUUCAUCUGGGCGAUGUCAACCAAAAACUACCAGUUCAUUUUUAG